AUGUAUAGCCCAGGAGCGCAUUGUCUAAAUAGGCCAUCGACCUCACCCAAAGCCGAACUACCUUUUGAGAUUGUGUCUAUGAUUGUUGAAAUCCUGUUCGAACACCACCUUUCUCAGCCAAAGUACCCGGAAUGGUCCUUCAGCAUUGCCUCUGACCCAUUCCUUUACUCGUGGGUUACUCCCGAAUUCCUUGGCUUGCGAUUAGUUUGCAAAACUUGGGCACUAGCUGCCACUCCCAUUUGCUUUCGCACUCUUUGGUUCCGAGACUCGAGUCACGCGCAGAUCAUGAUCAACCUGAUGACAGGCCCAGUGCAAGCGUUGGAUUUCUCCUCCUUCGUCAAGCGACUUGCAUUCCAAGACGCAGGGUACUGGAAAGAUAGAAACGAGGGUGACAAUCCGAUGCUAUGUGACCCGAACUCGACGGAUGAAGUGGUAGAUUUGAUUAACUUGAUUGGUCAAAACACGACCGAGUUGUAUCUGAAAGUUCACGAUUCUAUUAUGAUCACAUCAUCGCUCGUAGAAGCUGUGAAGAACAUCAAAGGUCUCAAGAAACUCAGUAUUGAAGCAAGACACGAUUAUCAACCAGACGGCGGUUAUGAUUCCCAAGCGUUUUCUGAUCUUCUUGUGGCUCAUCCCAACCUCGAAUGCUUAAUCCUUCAUGGGUACAAUCUAGAAACUUUAUCACUAGGAGAAACAGCCCUGUCAAAACUCAAACACAUCAGCUUCAUUGAUUACUUCGACGCUAUAAACAUUGAGGGGAUGACCCAGAUCUGUACGUUGGCAAAACACAGUCUGAAAUCGAUCGAGUUCUUCUCUUAUGAAGUGGAUCAAGGAGAUUAUUCUGAGAUGAUCGAGCCCUUAUUUGAACCCAUCAUGAACACACUUGAAUUUAUUUCAUGUAAUUCAAUUGACAGCGAGAUACCACAAGAUACCAUUGAUACGGAGUUUCCACGACUUCGUGUAAUACACAUGGCGUCUUAUGGCGGCGAGAUCAUUGAGGGGGAUUGGCCAAUCUUUCAUCACGUUCGAACGAUUUCUCAGUCGCUUGAUGAUGGGCAAAAGUCUUGGAGAAGAACUUUAAAUCAAACUGCUGAUGUUUCUUGGAAACCACCCAAUCUUCGACUUCUCGUCUUUACUGAACCAAACGCAAUCUCCGCAAGAGACGAGGUGAUGGAUGAGAAACUAAUCAAUGCCUUAAAGAUGCAUGGGAUCCAUUGUUGUUACUAUCCCAAAAUAAAACCAGAUGAACUAUUGGAAUUGGACUUGAGGUUCAAUGGUCCCAUGAAAUAA